AUGGUUGAACGCAGCGUAAUGAAGAAAACGGUGCUGGCAACCAUACACUCAGCAAAGAUGGCGGCUUCUCAGGUUGAUGCGGAGAAAUUAAUUGAACUUGUGAGAAGGUUUCCUUAUUUGUACGAUUUGUCGCAUCCUGAUUUUAAGGAUACACAGACAAAGGAGAACACGUGGAAAUCCAUCGGCGAAAAGCUUGGCGUGACAGGAGAUGUAGCCAUGAAAAAAUGGGUGAACUUGAGGGACAGAUACGGGAAGUUGAAAAAAGACCACGACGGCAAACUCCGGAGUGGAGCAGCGGCGGUGCCCCCGGUAUCAUGGAUAUAUUUCAAGAUACUGGAGUCUGUAUUAAGUGAAAAGAAGUCUGACGCCAGACCAGUCUCUAAUCUCGUGAUCGCGGAUGAAGAACCAUCCCUGGCCCUAAUUCACCCAAGCACGGCCGCACAAGCUGACGACAGCUGCCUUACAGAUGCAGCAGCGAGCAUACCCAGGGCACGAGAUCAGGAUAAUGAUGAUGGACUGUCGCAGCUCCGGUCUAUAUACAUGGACACGAUGGAAAGGCUGACGAAGCAGCCGAAGCUGGACCGCAUCGACAUGUUUUUCAAUUAUGUUGCAGCCUCAGUAAGGGAGCUCCCCAGCGACUCUCAGAACAGGUUCAUACACCAGUGCCAGUCACUCCUUUACCAAUUUCAAGGACAGCUAGAUGCAGACAGAUAA